UAUCUGUUUACAUUUUGAAUGAGGUCUGAAAUCCAUCAUCGGUAGAACAUUAUCUUCUAAUUUGGUAAGUUUUCACUUGUUUGAUUUAUAUUUUGUAAUUAAUAUGGCAGACAGUAUGUUAAAUAUCGAAGACAUGGAAAUCGUCUUGGACGAAGGUACACCACAAGUGGUUUUAGAAGAAUAUUUAGAUGUCACUAUGCUUGAAGAUGAUAUAUUCGACUCGUUGAUUGUUCAUGAGAUUGAAACGCCCACCAUAGAAACUAAAAUUGAAGUACCUACCGGAGAAUCCGAAAUUGAAAAAGUAGCCAUCGUUUAUAAUUUAGAAGGAAACACUAUCCAAAGUCAUGAAGAUUGUUCAGAAGUUAAUUUAACGCUUACUGAUACUAAAAGUACCUUGCAAACAAAGAACACAAAAUCUGAUAACACUGAUGACAAUAAUAUGGUUGUUGAGGGACCUCGUUCAAGACAAAUUGGAAAAAUUCCAAUAGCCUUACGAGGGCUUAUUGGUCAAGCUAAAAUGUUUUUGUUAAAAAAAAAUUAUAACAUGGCUAUUAAAAUUUGUGUAAAUAUUUUAAAAGAAUGCCCAAAUGCAUCCGAACCAUUUUUUACUUUGUCGGAUAUUUAUGAACAAAUGGGAGACACUAAAAAAUGUUUAGAAACUGCUGUAAUUGGUAGCAGUUUAAGUAGUGUAACGUCUGAAGAUUGGGUGAUAUUAGGAGAAACAUGUGAAUCAAAUAAUAUGCUACCAUUAACAGAUUUUUGUUUGACAAAAGCCAUACAGAAAGAUAAACGUAAUUUAGACUUGCAUAUUAAGAGAGCUUCAAUAUUGGAACAACUGGGUACAGCUAAAAGUGCCAUGAACGAAUAUGAUCGUCUGUUGCGCAAGUUACGACCUGAUCAAAAAGAUUCAAUUAUUACUUUAUCUAAAUUACUAGUUCAUAAUUUUGUAAAAGAUAAAAACUAUGACCGUGCGUCAAACAUAUUAAUACAUGUAUUUAGUUUAUUUCCAACUGAAAUACAGCCUGAACAAUUUGUAAAAUGUUUGGAUUAUCUUAUUAUAAAUAAAAAUUAUAAAAAAUGUCUUGAACUCUUGGUUGAACAUUACAAUGUUGAGUUUGCAGCUGAUAUAAAUGAUGAAUCAUCCAUAACAGAUAUCAUAGAAUGUGUAGUCCCCAGUACUACACCAAUAUUGGUACGUGUAAAACUCAUUGAGAUAUUAAUUCAGCUCAAAGCUUUUUCCAUAUUACCGCCAAUUUAUACACCAAUUUUAAAUAUGACUCAAGUUAACCAAUUUCAUUUAAAUAUCGCUGAUGCCCUAUUUAAAUACAAUCAAUUUAAUCAAGCUAUUUCAUUUCUAGAAAAAUUAAUUAAUUCUGAAAAUGAAAUAUUUGAUCAACAAACACUGAAAAUUAAAUAUUCAGAAUGUCUAAAAUCAUUAGGGCUUCUCGAACAAGCUGUUGACAGUUAUAGGAAGCUAUUGAAGGUUAAUCCACAUCAAUUAACAGUUAAAUUUGACUUAUACAUGUCCUUAAGAAAGUUAAACCGAAUAGACGAGAGUCUAGAAGUAUUGUUUCAGGAUGAUAUGGAAAAUAGAGAUUGCAGACUAUUGUACGAAUAUGCUUUAGCAACAUUAAAUAAAGAUGAUAUGUUCGAUAAAUGUUUAAAAGUAGCUAACUUAAUGUUUUCUCGUCACUGUGUACCUGUAUGUUCAUUAAGAGAAGUGAAGUCUAUGAUGGCAAUACAUAAAAUUGAAUCUAGACAUGAUACUUUACUAACAAUAAAACAAGAACUGUAUGGUUAUCGGCAAGAGAAUAUCUUGACCAUUAACCCAAUACCUAGUGCUAACGAAGAAUGGAACCUAAUGCAUAAUAUUUGUUUAAAGUUCAUUGAAAAGAAUCUUUACUAUGAAGGUUUAAAAAUGCUACUCUCUGCUAUGAACUCUGCUGUAUUAGCGCCAUUCAAUCAACAAAUUGUUUUAAAUGCUAUAAAAUUUGCAUUUAAAGUUCGUACUUAUAAACUGAGUUUUAUUUUAUCCAGAUACUUGUUGUUUAAGUAUCCUCAAGCACCUCAAAUUGCCAAUUUAUUUUGUUUCCUUUUAAAUAAAUGUGCAAUCAAAAAACAAGCUAAAUUCAUUUUUCGACUAGCUGCCAAAUACCCAGAUAAUAUUGCCCUGAACUUACUCGAUACUAAUGUGUUUAAUGAUACAUAUAAUUAUCAACUUAAAUUUGCAAGAUAUACCGAACUAUUAAAUAAACUAGAGGAUAAAAGCCAACUCUACUUCAUGUUAGGCGUUCUUAUACUUAGGUUAUGCACAUUUAAGGUCGGUGCAGAUAGACACAGCUUAACACUGCAGGGUAUUGGAUUCCUAAUGAAUUAUAAAGAACAUAGAGGUAUUCAACAUGAACAAGAGUGUUAUUAUAACAUCGCCAGAGCAUAUCAUCAAGUAGGCAUGGCAGCAAAAGCCCUGCACUAUUAUAAAUUAGUUUUGGAAACUAAACCAUUUAGUGAAGAAUAUUGUUUAAAACAUGCCGCUGCGUAUAAUUUGCAUUUAAUUUACAUGAACUCUGGAAAUUUGGCUGUUGCAUUAAUGUAUAUUAAUCUUGUGCAAGUGUGAUUUGUCUUUUUUAUUUUUUUAAUUAUAAAUAGUACCUAUUGUUAAGUGUUUUCUUUUUCUUUUUUUUUCUUUUUUUUAUUUGUAUUGUGUGUUGUUUAAUAAAUAAAACAACUUUAAUUGUAAUCAGUUUUUGUACAUAAUUUUAAUCUGUGGCGAUACCUACAGUCAAAUAACUGAGUAAAGACAAUGCGUGACUAGAAUUUGUAUUAGUAAACACUAUUAUAAAAAAUGAAUAAUAUUAAUUUUAAUAAUACUUAUUAGGAUCAUGGCCACCUCAAUUGGUAAACUUUCCAAGAAAGUACCUUUUAAAUUAUUUUGUCAUGUUUGUGAAGAUAUUUGCAAUGCUAAAACUGAACGUAAAAUCACCAUUCUAGAAAAAUUUAUUAGUAAAUGUCGAGGAUCUAUUGAAAACAGUGACAACUUAGAUAUUGUGAGUCAGUCAUUAGACAAAUAUUCCAUUUUACCACUUGCAUAAUAAUCAUAAUAUGCAUACUCGUUUGUAUAAUUCUAUAAUACAUAUGUUUAGGAUGAUACAUUUUAUCCUGCACUGCGGUUAUUGUUACCAGCAUCAGAUAAACAAAGAGGCGCAUAUGGAGUAAAGGAAACAGCGUUAGCAAAAUUAUAUAUAAAAAUAUUGUGUUUAGCAAAAGACAGUCCAGAUGCUCAGAGGCUUUUAAAUUUUAAGUAAGAAAGUAUAUCGCAAUAAUAAUCUCUAUUACCAUAGUAAAAAUGUUUAUCAAAAGUUCUGUCAUUUUGAUGUUGAGUCCUCAUAAAAAAUAGUACAAAUAAAUAUUUUAUUUAGAGUUCCAAAAGCUACUGGUCCUAUUGCUGGAGAUUUUGCUGAAACUGUUUAUUGGGUUAUCAGAAGUCGUUUUGAAGAAGAUGGUUCAAUGACUAUUGCAGAUGUAAAUCAAUUAUUAGAUAAAAUAGCUAUGAAACAUGCAAACAAUGAAUCAAGUAAUUAUUUGUAUUUUGUAAAUUGCCUAUUAAAAGUAUUUUAGAAAUUAACAACCAUUUUAAACAAUUUAUUUCUAUUACAUGUAUUAGGAGAAGUUGAACAAAUUUUACAGUUAAUGCUGUUAAAGUUUAGUUCUAAUGAACAAAAAUGGUUAAUUCGUCUACUAUUAAAAGAUAUGCAUUUGGGUAUAUCACAUGUAAAAAUAUUAAAUGCAUAUCAUCCUGAUGCUGGCCAAUUGUAUGAUGUUUGUAAUGAUUUAAAUAAAGUAAUAUAAUAUUUCUUAAAAAACUAUUGAAUAUAUAAUGAUUCUGAAAAUAUUUGUUUAGGUGUGCAAAAUGCUUAAUAAUCCUACAGUGGUUUUGCACGAGAUAUGUGUUAAUUUAUUUGAACCAUUCAGUCCGAUGUUAAGCCAACGUUGUGAUGUCACUGAUGUUAAUAAAGUAAUAAAGUCACAAAAUGAUAUGUUCUUUGUCGAUGUUAAAUUAGAUGGUGAAAGAUUUCAACUUCAUUGGGAUAAAGAAAAAAAUAAAUUUAAAUAUUUUUCUAGGUAUUUUAGUAUGCUAUUGUAGUGAUAUAUAUGUUUUAAAAAAAAUUUAAUUAUUUUACAAUGAAAUUAUUUGAUUUUUAUAGGAAAGGUAAUGAUUACACAGAUACAUAUGGUUGUACUGAUGGCCAUGGUGUUCUAAGUCCAAUAUUAGCAAAACAAUUUAGUCCUAAUGUAAUAAAUUGUAUCUUAGAUGGUGAAAUGAUGUGUUACAACACUAAAUACAAAACAUUUUCUUCAAAAGGUGAAUAUUAAUUAAUAACAAAUAUAUUAAAUAUGUGAUUUAACAAUGUUUUAUUAUAUUAAAUUUCAGCCAUGAAUAUUGAUGUGAAAAAACUCAGGGUUGGUAACCUCCAUCAGCCAUGUUUUUGUGUAUUUGAUAUUCUUUUUUAUAAUAAUCAAGUUUUAACAAACCAACCAUUAGAAAAAAGAUUAGAUAUUUUAAAUACAUUGUUUGUACCUUUAGAAGGCAUUUUCAUACAUGUUACACGGCACACAGCAAGCAAGUAAUAAAUACAAUUUAUAUUUUGUAAUACUAAAAAUAUUCUUUAUGGUAAAAGAAUAUUUUUAGUCUUAGUAUUAUUUGAAAAUUAAUUUAAAAUGAGUAAGAUUAAAAUCAAUUAAUACUUUUUAGAAAUGAAUUAAUGAACUGUCUUGAAGAUGCAAUUGAUAAUCGUGAAGAGGGAAUCUUAGUCAAAGAUCCGUUAUCAGUGUAUAAGCCAAAUUCCCGAAAUGCAGGAUGGUAUAAAAUUAAACCAGAGGUACAAAUUCUAAAUUUGUAAUAUUUUCAAUUAUUUUAUGUAAUAAAAACUUCAAAAUAUUUGUUUAGUACACUGAAGGUGCAUUAAUUGAUCUAGAUCUAUUAAUUAUUGGAGGAUACUAUGGCGAAGGCAAAAGACGUGGUGAUGUGAGUCAUUUUCUUAUGGGUCUUUUAAAGAAAGGUAAUGUAUAUAUAUAUAAAAUCAUGUGUAUUAGGUUAACACACAAAAUAUAUAUUAAUUUUAUUAUUAUGAAUAUAUUUAUGUGUAGAACUAAAAUAUUAUUUUAGAAUGAUAUUUAUAAUUUUUUUUUUUUUUUAUGUGCAAAUAACUUUUUUUACCAGAAAUUUGAUUUUCAAAUGUAGCAUCUUUUGUGAAAAGACAUUAUUUGGGCGGUACUUUUGGCAGUUCAUAUAUUUUGCCUUUCCAAAUAGUUUUCAUUAUAAUUGGGAUGAAACAUAGGAAAAACUGUAAAAUUCACAAAUUUUAUUAUUUUCAAUUUUGUUUUUUUGUUGUAAUUCAGUUAAAUGUAUUUGUUAAAACUUCAAAUUUGAACAGAAAAUUUUACCUUUUCUAGACGUAAAAUUUUUAAAACAUUUGUGCCAUUUUGAAUUAUUUAUAAACAUUUAAAUUUUGCUAGUUUUAAAACAAUUUUUAUUCGGUUGGUACUCUGUGGAUAAGAUUGUUAGACCAAAUAGAAAUGAUUGAAAAUUUAACAGAAAGUUUAUUAUAAGUUGUACUUUAUGGUAAAAACAAAAUUAAGUCUUGUAGAAAUUUUGUUUUUAUACAAAUUUAAAUAUCAAAUUUUGAUGAAAAUCGUAAACAUUAUGGCCUUUCAAAACAUGUAUAACCGAACUCUGCUCAGAAUUGUUUUUUUGCUAUUAAUGAUUAAUUAUUGCAUACAAAUAUACAUUAAAUUCCCUUCUAUAUCCUACCUUCCAACUUUUCACCUACAAUAGUAGUCCACCCAUCAUGUAAAGUAUAUCUGUCUUUUUUUUUAAUUUAACUGAUUUUAAUUUGAGUAUAAUAUUAAAUCAUUCUUUUUCUAACUCUAUGUUAUACUAUAUUUAAAUUAAAAUUAUUAAUUUUAAACUAUAACAAAUUUGUAUUUAUUCAUUUUAACCUUUUUCGUUUUACACUGUAUUUAUUGUUACUUUUAUGUAUACAUUAUAUACAUUUCGUAUCUAUUAAUUGUUUAUAUUGACAUUCAGGGAACCAGAGGUAUAGGUCAUCAUAGUCAUGGCAAACAAUUAUAAACAUAGUAUAAUUGUUUUUCCAUGACCUUCAAUUUUAGUUAAUGGUAGUGAACAAUCUAUUACAACUAAAAACAAUAAACAAUGUCUAGUUUACAUUCCUGUCUGCCUAGUUUUGGUAUAUAUUUUUCAACCUAAUUUAUAUUCUAUUUUGUUUUUAUCAAACAUUCAAUAUUUAUUUUAUAUUUAUAAGUUUAUAACCUAAGUUGAUGAUUUUAUUUAAUUAUUAUUUUUGGUAAUUAAUCUUUAGAUGACGAGUCAAUAAAAUGUACUGCUAUUAGUCGAGUCAGUUCAGGAUUUUCAACAGAAGAACUAGCCGAGUUAUCUAGAAAGUUAAAACCUCACUGGAAAAUAGUAUACCCAGGAGUGAUGCCACCUAACAUAGAAUGGGAUAAAGAGAAGCCAGAUCUUUGGAUAGAACCUGAAUUGUCUGUUAUCUUACAGGUGAAAUUAAUAUAUUUUUAACAUAUUAUAACAUAUAUAACAUUUAAAUUAAUUUUUUUAUAGGUUAAAGCCACAGAAAUUAUGACCAGCCGUACAUUUAAAAAUAAAAUUACUUUACGUUUCCCACGUAUAGAAAGGGCCCGCUAUGAUAAACUUUGGUCUGAUGGUUUGACAGUUGAAGAAUUUGAGACCAUAUUAGAAGUUUGUUAAUUUAACUAGUUCAGAAAUAAUAAAAAUUAAUUUGAUUUAUUUUUAUCCCAAUAGAAAACCCAUGGCAAAUUAUAUACUUCAGAUGGUAUUGACAUAAAUUCUUCAAGUAAAACUAAAAAGGCCCGUAUGGCACCAACUGUUGGUAUACAAUUUCAAGCACCCAACUUAAGCGAUAUCAUUCAGAUUAAUAAUAUGUUUGAAGACAAGGAAUUCUGUGUCAUUAGUGACUGUGAAACAAUGACUAAGGGUGAAAUUGAAAAGAAAAUCCAUGAAUAUGGUGGUCAAGUUGUACAAAACCCUGGUAUUAAAAUCAAUAAUAUAUCAAUAUUUACUUAAAAAAUUGUAUUGCAUUUUUUAAACGUAUUUAGGAGAUGAUACUUUUUGUGUUCUCGCUAACAACAUUAAGCAUAUUAGAGCACAUGCUAUAAAAUUAUCUGGCAAGCACAGUAUAAUUGAUACAAAAUGGAUACUCUCGUGUUUUGCUGAUAACGAAUUUUUGAAUUGGACACCUGAAAAUGUUUUGUUUUUAUCAAAAGAACACCAACUAUUAAUGGAUGCAAAUUUCGAUCAGUAUGGUGACAGCUAUACAGAAUUAACUACUGUUGAUGGUUUACGUCGUGUGAUGAAUCGAGUUGAACUAGACGUAUGCAUAUAUACAAUUAAAUAAUUUAGUAAAAAAUUUGACUUUAUCAAACUAUAGUAUUAUUUGGUAUAGGAUGAUUUAGUGAACACAGAAGUUGACACAUUUUUGGAAUUUCAAAAAGAACUUUUUGACAAAGAACAAUGCUUCAAAGUUUUUGAAAAGUGUCAAGUCUAUUUUGAUGAUUUAAAUCUAGUAAGUUAUAUCAUCACCUUACAAAUAAUUAAUUACAAAUUGUAUAUAUUUUUAGGAAAACUUACCAGUCAGAAAUUUCCAUACUAAUUCAGUUUUAGAAAUGCUUAUAUUUAAGUUUAAUGGAGGCACAGUCUGCAAAAAUAUUGAUAACAAUACAACUCAUGUUGUAAUUCAUUCGAGGUAUCUAUUCAUUAUAUACGUUAACUGUGUUCUAUGUUUAAAUAAUGUUAUUAUUUUAUUUUGUUUUAGUAGUCAAAAUAAUAUUCUUAAAUAUCAAACUAUGAACAGAGACCGGACAGAAAAAUUUGAAAUUGUUGAUGAGAAUUGGAUUUCACAACAAAUAAAAUGGUAAAAAAAAACAAAACUUAAAAUUUAUUUGUGAUAUUUAAUUUUCUUAUUCCAAUUUGUGCAAAACUAGCUACAUAAAAACUACUACAUUUACAAUAUAUGUAUACUAUAAUAAAAACAUUUUUUUUUUUUUUAAAUUAUUUUUUAAUUAUUUUCAAUCAAACUUUCUUAUUAUACAUUUAAAAAAAAAAAAAAAAUCUCUUUUAAAACAUAAAUAGUCUACUUUAAUGGUCAUUUCAUCUCAAUCUGUCGAGACAAAACAGCCUUAAUAAAUAUUAAAUACAUAAUUAUUAAUUGUUAUCUUUAAAAUAUUAAUUUUCAAUAUUUACACUUUCUAAAAUAAUCCAUAACAUAAAAAACAAAAUAAAUCUGUACUAUGUUAAAUUAAUAGUUAGGUAUGCCUUAAGAGUAUGGGCAUUUUGUGUUGUGAUUGUUAAUUUACGUUUUGAAGACAAUAUAAAUCAUAAACACAAUAUUUAUCAUAAUAAAAUAUAGGCGAGUGGGACAAGGGAUAAAUUUAAGGAAGUCAAAAGUUUAUAUUUUGAGAUCUAACGUUCAAUACUUAAAAUAUUCUUUUUCUUUUUUCUUUUUUCUUUUUUACUCCAUUAUUUACAUGUAUGCACCUCAGCAUUACGGAUGCAUGUUUUACAUUGCACAAAACAACACCAAUGAAAUUUGCAUUCGCAUUUCUCGCGUGUAACUAGUCGUUGUGUAUUGUAGCCUCUGCCACAACAUAGUAAACUGCAACCGUCUGUUCCAUGUGAUGUUCGGUUGCAUUCUCGACCAUGAGUACCUAAAAAAUCGAUACAUAUAAUUAUUAUUUGAAUAUUAUAAUAUUAUAUACAAAUAAUAAACCGAAUCUAAUAUUGUACAUUUAUUUUUUUUCCCUUAAUUUCUGCGUAAUUAAUUAUACAAUUUUAUUUAUCAAUAUUUAACACUAAUCGUACCAGUCACAUUAAUAAUAUUAUAAACUUGAUAUUUGUAACCAGCAUUAUAAUUAAUUUGUAUUGUAUUGUAGAUACUAUAUGGAAUAGAGGGGUAAAUAAUUAAAGAGAAUAAUUCAAAUAGUAAGUACACUGUAUGUUAAAAUAUUUUUUCGAAAGUUGAAUGCAUACGAUAUACGUGAAUUUCCUGUUCAAAACCACCACACAAAAAAAAAAAAAUGUUUUAUGGAUGCCAGGAAGUCAUCGAACAUGGUUCAAAAUAUCAUCAACAUUUUUUGUACAUCGAUGAGAAAUCACUUAACUUUUAACUUUUUUUAUUUUUCUUAUAAUUAUAAUUAUAAUAUUAUUAUGGCUGAGAGACCUACCAGCAAUGUUUUAUUGCUAAUAAAAAAAAACCUACCUACUUUAUAUGUUAAUAUAAACUAUAUGGCUAC